AUGCUGCAUUCGAAGAAGAAUAGUGCUUCAAAAGUAUAUGUCGUAUUUUCUGGUAAAAGGCCAGGAAUAUACUACUCAUGGAGUGAAUGUUCUCCUAUGGUUAUCGGAGUUAAGCGUAGCAUCUUCCAGUCUUUCAAAUCUCACGAUGCGGCCAUAUCGACGUUCGAUGAAUUUGAAAAAUCUGCUGAAGGUAAACGAAGACUCAAAUCUAUGGUUUUUGUUAUUUUUUAUGGUAAGAAGUCGGGAAUAUACAAAUGUUGGUCUGAGUGUGUUAAUAUGCUUGUUGGAGUCGAGGGUAGCUACUUUCAAGCUUUCCAAUAUUAUGAUGAAACCUUAAAAGCCUUCAACAAAUUUCAUAAAGCAAGUUGUUCACAGAAAGAGUCAUCUUCAAACUCGACCGUUGAAGAAAGUGAAGAAGUGGUAACAAAUGAAAGUACAGCAAGUGCUAUUUCAUCUGCUAUAUUAGCGAGCAUAUUUAUUGGGUUGAAGUUGUCAGAAAAUAUUGGAAACUAA